AUGUCAACCACACUGAAACGCAGACAUGGACGACUCAACCUCAAGGACGAAGAAGACAGGCUCGAGGCCUCCAAUGCAGCUCUGCGAAAUUUGGAGUCCUGUCGCUCGGUCCCAGCCUCUGUCAUCUCACCGUCGGCUAUCAACGUCGCGAGUGCUCGUCAGACAUCGCUCCCUAUCGUCCACCAGACCCAUCAUUCCUUUCGUUCGUUGGCCCACGCAGAGUCAGACGAUGAGGAGUCCGGGGCGGAGAGGGCGUCUAUGUCGACUCCAUCGUCGGAGAAGGCCCGACGGAGCUGCGUAUUCGGGGCUGCAAGCAGGAACGGCCAGGAUGAGCAGGAAGACAGCAGGUCCUCGUUUACCAGGGGUCAACUUCGGACGCCUCCACCAGUGGAAAUGGAGGACGUCGCGACCUCAAAUAUCAUACACACUCUCCCUAAUGAACUUCUGACACUCAUAUUUGAGGCGGGAUCAGUCCUUACAUACCCUUCGCUCGUCGAACCGAAGUCGCCUUUCGUACCUAUCACAGUGAAGAAGGUCUCAUCCUUUAUGAAUACGGUGAUGCAUGUCUGCCACCGGUGGCGGCAAGUGGCGAUUCACACGCCAGCACUGUGGACCACUCUGCACAUCUCCCGGUCCCGGAAAGCGUUAGACAACCUCCCCAGCGUGAAAGACUUUCGAAACGCCAUGCCCUGGGUGACCGAGCAUCUCAUGCGGUCACAGUGCCUUCCUCUGGACAUCAGCCUCGAUUGCCGACACAUCUCCAUAAAAUCCGUAUUUAACCAGCUCAUUCCAGAGAGCCACCGCUGGCGCAGCCUCGUGAUCACUAUACCCUCCGUGCAAGAUCUCCCCAAUGCCCUGUCCAGCCUCAAAAAAAUCCCCGCACCCGCCCUUGAAACACUGGAAAUUACAUCCCUCAAAUACCACGACUCCGUUGCGCCGAACCUUACCUCCUUCUUCCGGGGCGGGCUCUCACCCAACUUGUCCCACGUACGAUUGAACCGCGUCUCGCUUUCCUGGCUCGCGUUCCCGCUCAAAGGCCUCACGACCCUCGAUCUUCGCUUCGUGAUCUGGCCGACCUUCCCUCACCUCGCGGAAAUGCUCUCCGGGUCUCCGAAUCUCCAGAACCUUAUUCUUCACAUCGACAACACCGCCGCCAAACUUCUUGACAGACGCGGUCGUGCUGCGAUCAGCAUUCCCUCCCUUCGGUCUCUCGAGAUCCGCUUGUUCAGCCAAGGAUCACCGACCAUUUGCCCUUUCCUCCAGAUAUUCUCCAUACCUGCGUUAGAGAGCCUCACCUUGCGAGAAGUAACCUCCUCGGACUGGUGCAGGAUUCUAGUGUACUUUCGCGUUAACUGCACGUCGUACCCGGUCUUGCGCCACCUCAGGCUAUCGUGCAUCCGCGGGCUGAUUUCCGUUGAUUCGAGUGCCGUGCGGGCGUUCCCACAGUUGACACACCUCACCCUGAACGGGAUCUACUCGAGCGCGUUCUGCCGUCUUUUGGUAGAUGAGAAGACGGAUGAUGGGUAUCGCGUGCCGGUGUGGCCAAACAUGACGAGUCUGAGCAUUAGGGGCGACGUGGAUUUGAAUGUCGAUUUGCUAGAGAGGGCAAUCAUUGCAAGAAGAAGGAUGGGGCGAGCGCUCAUGCAAGUCGAUUUGGAUCAUAGGAUGCCAAGUGAUGAUUGA